CCGCAGUCCCCCAGACCUCGAGCGAGGGAUCGUUUAACUUUCUCGGGUUAGUUCUCGGCAGUAAGCAAAAUGGCGUCAUUGUGGAUUGUGAUGUCUGUGGCGUUUUCCUUACUUUUAACGCCGUUUCUUAUGUUCUUGCUUGCCAUCAUAUUUCUGGCUUCGAUCGGGAAGUCGCUCGGUGUUAGGAGGCUGUACAUAAAACUGCUGUUGGCGCUUUUCGAGUACGGCAGACAAAACAUUGAAAAUGUUAAGAAGAGAAACGGUACAUGGAAACAGGAUAACGACAACACGGAAGGAGAGCACGAACCUCUGGUCGAGAAACAGAAUACUCAUAAUUCUACGGGCGCCGAGAACAAAAGGCAAAAUGGUGUACUCGGUAACAGCGUGAUAGCCAGAUCAAAGGAUUUGAUCUUGGUGCCAGAGCCAGAGAUGCAAAAUCAUAGGAAUCAUUUGGAGGAAUCAAAGGCAGACAAGUCUCAGACCACUACCACCGGUAAAAAUGAGAGCCUCAUUCGCAGAGAUUCCUUUGAAACAUUGAAGAGGGAAUUCGAACCUGCAAUUUGUUUAGAUUACAUUAAAGCAGGUGUAGAGGCUAUUAUCGAAGAUGAAGUGACGUCUCGUUUCGAAGCAGAGGAGCUUAAGAACUGGAAUCUAUUAACACGUACAAAUAGACACUACGAAUUUAUUUCCUGGAAGUUAACUGUGAUAUGGAUGUUUGGAUUUUUUAUGCGAUAUUGUUUCCUUCUACCUUUGAGGAUAUUUAUUUGUUUCAUAGGGGUACAGUACCUUGUAGUUGCGACAUUUUGUAUCGGCUUACUACCAAACGGUUUUAUUAAGAAAUGGGCAUACAACACGAGUAGCCUGCUCGCGUUCAGGCUAAUAGCUCAAUCUUUGUCAGCCACAAUUACAAUCCAUAACCCAGAGUACAAACCAAAACCUGGAGGAGUGUGCGUGUCGAAUCACACUUCUACAAUCGAUGUGUGCAUCUUAUCCACACAGACAACAUUCUCUUUGAUAGGUCAAAGACACGGUGGAUUCUUGGGGAUUCUGCAACGUGCUCUAGCACGUGCUUCUCCCCACAUAUGGUUUGAACGAUCAGAAGUUAAAGAUAGAGAAGCAGUAGCAAAAAGACUGAAGAAACAUGUAUCUGAUCCUACGAAUCCACCGAUUCUCAUUUUUCCGGAGGGAACGUGCAUAAACAACACGUCAGUCAUGCAGUUUAAAAAAGGUAGUUUUGACGUUGGUGGUGUAAUUUAUCCUGUUGCAAUAAAGUAUGAUCCAAGAUUUGGAGAUGCUUUUUGGAACAGUAGUAAAUAUUCAAUGAUACAAUACUUGUACAUGACUAUGUCAAGUUGGGCUAUAGUUUGCGACGUCUGGUAUCUUCCGCCAAUGUACAGAAAUGAAGGCGAAAGUGCUAUUGAUUUUGCAAAUAGGGUAAAGUCUGUGAUAGCAAGGCAAGGAGGUUUGGUUGACUUACAAUGGGACGGCCAACUCAAGAGAAUGAAACCUAAAAAAGAAUGGAGAGAAAAGCAACAAGAAGAAAUUAGUAAACGAAUUAAAGUUGAAUGAUUUGAGUCAUCUCUAGUCGCACUUCACCAUCGAUAUAAUGUGUGAUAUUUUGCUUAAACGAGACCAUUUCAUCUGAUGUGCUGUUUUAUAUUUUUUGUGGACAUCUGUUUCUUGGGAGAAAGAUUGUUAGUAUGCAUAAUUCAAUUCACUUCCUUUUACACAAAUAUGGUACGUUUCAUUUUAUUCAACUAUGUUUUAUACGUCGAGUAAUUAAUAAAUUGCUUUGGAUUGUUCUAAUUUUAUUCGUUAAGAUUCUUAGUACUAUUAUUAUAAACGAAUUUGAUCUUUUUAUUAUGUGGUCAUAAUGUAAUUCUUAUCUUCCUUUUAUUGAAAGUGAAUAACAAAACAAAAUUACGGUAUAACAUUUGAUUAACAUAAUAAUAAUUCAACUACAUAACCGGAUAUAUUGGAAGUGCCAUAUUUGUCAGUUUUUUAAUAAUGAGAUUCUACAACAUGUCAUUGUAAGUUUAGUAUUUAUACAUAGUGAAAUUGUGUAUUAUGAAAUGGUAUGUUAUAAUGUGAGAUAUUUUGCGUGUAUGAGUGUAUGUAGCAUCGAAAUCAUCCCAUCUCAUAUUCUUACAUUUUUUAAAUCACCUCGUCAUCUCAUUAAUUUAAUACGUAAAUUAAAUCUAUUUGAUAUUAUUUAGGAGAAAUUGCAUUUUUUUCUUUCUUUUUUUGUAAGAAUGAUAGGAAAGGCUAUUACUGUCUAUUGUAGUCUAAAAAAUAAACUAUUUAUUCACAUUUUUCAAUGGACGAAGUAAAAAUACAUCAGGGUUAUAUAUUGCACCCAUCCCUUGGAAAAACUUUAACAUUUCAUUGUUUAUAAUCUGAUCAUAAACAUGUUUUCAGACAAAAGAAAAUGCAAAACUUCUUACUUCAAACAAUUUUUACAAAUGAAAAUCAUAAACAUCAUUAU